GCACACUAUUGUCUGUUCUUACAAUUGAGAUAUUGCUUCCUUAUAUUCCAUCUGCAGAUCUUCGUUUCAGGAGAGGGUUGCUGCCGACAGUGGUCUGUCCAGCCCCUGGUCACGGGCGGAUAUGGAUGCGUCCGGUCGGUGGAGGCCGCUUACAGCGCCAGAAAAUGUCUCCUUAGAGGCCAUCACCUAGCAAUGGUGUCAACCAGGAAAUUUGUCUGCAUUAAAGACGAAAAAUACGCAAUAAGACCAAUGCUGCCAACGACCGCUUUCCGAACUACAGUGACGUCACUCGACAACUCGAGCAAUAACAUCAACCAAGUUUCCAAAUCGAACCCAAACAGUGAUGAAACCACCUCAACUUUAUCUUCUGCCUACUUUACUGUAGAAUCCACUGAUGGUGGGCUAAACUUUACGGACAAAAUAACAUUUCCUGUCCCAUCCUCGGAAACAGAAGUCGGCAAAAUGACAACGCAGAAAAUAGUGGCGGAUUUUCAAAAUGUCGAUAGAACAUUAACUGGCUCCAAGUCGGAGUCGGUGAAGGACACAAAACUAUCUCCUGACCUUGUCGAGAUCACCGAAAAAGAAAAACUGACGAAAUCAUUAGUGUGCUGUAAUCCUUCACUAGUGUGAAUAAAUCAAUCAAACAUUUGAAAAUAUAUUUCUGAACUGGUUUAUUGUAUUCAAUAUUCGUCAUCUAUUUAAAGGGGCGUGGUCACGAUUUUGGCCAAAUUUUAUUUAUCAAUUUUUAUGGUUUACAAUGCUUUAGUACUAGUAAUGCAUUUCAAAUGAUAAACCAAAAUUAGAGUGUUGGUCGUAAGAUUAUGAGCAAGAUGCAAUCUCUCGAUUCUUUGCUAAACACAAGGUUCCUACCUUUUUAUUAUUAUUUUUUUUUUUACAUUGGUACAUAUAUAUACCGGUUAAAGUUCUUUUUCAUGGUGAUUUUUAUUUCUGCUGAUUCGUUUUGAUACAUAUUGAAAUUUCCUAUGUGACCGCAUAGAAUCGUACGGUGCUAGGAAAUUCGUUUGGAACUGCAUCCGUCGUGUGCAGUACGAUCGGGGUGUGGGAAUGUUGGCGUAUAUAGAGGGUACAAAGGUAUAAGGUUAUGAGGCGCGCUGUGGGUCGUUAUUUUCAUUCUAUUUUAAUCUGUCCAUUUUAUAAAGAAAUUAGAAAGUUGUAUGUAAAAAAAAUAUUAUUAUGAAAAGCCUUCUGUCAUUAAACUCGUUCAAUUACUCUCAACAAAGAAUAUCAAAGAGUUGUGCAAUUUGGGCAAAUACCUAUAUAAAUGUUCAAAAUUACGAUAAAAAUAAUAUUUAAAUUGUUGCUUUUGUUUUGAGAAUAUACUCUUCAUUAUCCUGUUUAAUUUUGUCAUGUACAUUUUACACACUCAUAUGUGCACUAAUAUAUGCAGUCUAAUACAAGAUUGUGAUGUUUUUAAAAAAAUGUCUACAUAUGUUUGCAUGUUCACUUUACUUAUGUAUAUAUGUUAAACCUAUGAAUCGUAUGGUUCUUGGUA